AUGUCGGAUAACGAGGAUGAUUUCAUGUGUGACGAUGAGGAGGAUUAUGGCUUGGAGUAUUCUGAAGACAGUAAUUCGGAGCCAGAUGUAGAUUUGGAGAACCAGUAUUACAACAGUAAGGCAUUGAAGGAAGAUGAACCUAAGGCAGCCCUGGCAUCAUUUCAGAAAGUUUUGGAUCUUGAAAGUGGAGAAAAAGGAGAAUGGGGAUUCAAAGCUUUGAAACAGAUGAUUAAAAUUAAUUUCAAAUUAGGAAACUUUGAAGAAAUGAUGAAUAGGUAUAAGCAACUUCUCACUUACAUCAAAAGUGCUGUUACGAGAAAUCAUAGUGAAAAAUCCAUAAAUUCAAUCCUUGAUUAUAUAUCAACAUCACGUAAUAUGGCACUGCUACAAAACUUUUAUGAAACAACUCUAGAAGCUUUGAAAGAUGCUAAAAAUGACAGACUAUGGUUCAAAACAAACACAAAACUUGGAAAACUAUACUAUGAUAGAGGUGAUUUCAACAAGUUGGCAAAAAUACUGAAACAGCUGCAUCAGUCAUGUCAAACUGAUGAUGGUGAAGAUGAUCUCAAGAAAGGAACUCAGCUAUUGGAAAUCUAUGCACUAGAAAUUCAAAUGUAUACUGCACAGAAAAAUAACAAAAAACUGAAGACUUUGUAUGAACAGUCCUUACACAUCAAGUCAGCCAUACCUCACCCACUCAUCAUGGGUGUAAUUAGAGAAUGUGGUGGUAAAAUGCAUCUAAGAGAAGGGGAAUUUGAAAAGGCUCACACUGACUUUUUUGAAGCCUUCAAAAACUAUGAUGAAUCUGGCAGUCCACGAAGAACUACUUGUCUGAAGUAUCUGGUGCUUGCAAAUAUGUUGAUGAAAUCAGGAAUCAAUCCUUUUGAUUCACAGGAAGCUAAACCAUAUAAAAAUGAUCCAGAAAUAUUAGCCAUGACCAAUUUAGUAAAUGCAUACCAGAAUAAUGAUAUAAAUGAAUUUGAAUUUAUUUUAAAACAAAACAGGCAGAAUAUCAUGGAUGAUCCAUUCAUUAGAGAACAUAUUGAAGAUCUGCUGAGAAAUAUCAGAACUCAAGUGCUGAUAAAAUUGAUAAAACCAUAUACUAGAAUACAGAUACCAUUCAUCUCAACAGAACUGAAUAUUGAUGUUUCUGAAGUAGAAAGCCUUUUAGUUUCUUGUAUAUUAGAUAACACCAUCCAAGGGCGUAUAGACCAAGUAAACCAAGUGUUGUUUUUGGAGAGGGCCACAGUCAACCAGGCAAGAUACAGUGCUUUAGAUAGAUGGGCGAAUCAAUUGAACACACCAAAUUUCAAAACGAUAUCUUGAAAAGUAAGCGAGAUAUUUCAAUUAAUAGA